GAACGAGCGCCUUUUAAGUGACUGAAAGCUUUUAAUUUAGAAUAGUGUUACUAAACAAAACACACUUCAUUAAUAUUUUAAAUUAAUUACUUACUAUUUGCUUAUCAUCCACGGGACUUAAUAUACUGAAAAACCGAACCUCAGAUUAUAACUUUCAGUGACGUAAAGUAUGGCAUUGACAUCGAGGAAUUAGUAUUUCCUAUUUUGCACGUAACGAUUUACAUAAUUAAUUGGUUUUUAUUUCUUAUUUUCUGUAUUAACGGUACCGACAAGAGUGCAACAAGCAACGAAUACCAUUGUAGAAGUUGCCGAUAUUGGAAUGUAGCUAUGUGAGAGAAGGCAAAGAGCGAUGACGGGGGUUCAGCCUUUGGAGACCGGGUGUGAAAGUGGAGUGCCGCUGCCAGAUGCCACCCACUGGAAGGAGUUCGUGUGCGGCGGCGGCGCCGCCUUCUGCAACAUCAUUAUUAGCUACCCUCUUAACAAACUCAUAUUUAGACAGAUGAUGCAUGGAGUUGAAACAACUUUUGCCUUAAAUCAAUUACAAAAGGAAGGUGCGGCAUAUCUGUACCGUGGGAUGCUGCCACCCCUCUUGCAGCGCUCCGUGUCCAUGUCUCUCAUGUUUGGAGUGUACAAUGAAGUUCUGCAACCUCAACUGAACCACUGCGUCAAUCCAUACGUUGCCAAGACAAUAGCAGGCUUGGUGGCUGGUUGUGUUGAAGCAACCCUCAUGCCAUUUGAAAGGAUUCAAACUUUACUUAUCCACCCUAAAUAUCAUAAGGAAUUCAAAAACACAGCACAUGCGACUCGUCACAUUGCAGGUAGGUAUGGGAUUAAAGAAUUUUACAGAGGGCUAACUCCCAUAUUGAUGAGGAAUGGUCCCUCAAAUGCUAUGUUUUUUAUAAUACGUGAUGAAGUACGGCUGCUGUUGCCGCCGCAGGAGCGAGUGCUGUAUAAAAGCUUUCAGGACUUCCUGGCUGGCGCGACUAUUGGUGCUUUUCUGAGUACUUUAUUUUAUCCCCUCAAUGUUAUUAAAAUUGCAAUGCAAUGUGAACUAGGAGGACCACAUAGGACAGUGGCAUAUGAAUUUAGAUAUAUUUUGCGCAAAAGAGGCUCUAAAUUUGCAAAUUUCUACCAUGGAGCUCUUCUUAACAUUUCUAGAGCAUUCUUAAGUUGGGGAAUAGUAAACGCUUCUUAUGAGGUGUUUAGGAAAAUGCUUUAUGCCUAGUCAGCUGUAUGUAUUAUUGUGUGUGCAUUUGUGUUGGAUGCUAUCAACUUCACUGAGGCUCAACAUAAUUGUGAAAAAAUCCAUUAUUGGAAAUUAUUGUCUGUUACUUUCUAUUGGUAACAUCUAAAUUACUGUAUUUAUUAAUGAUUUAAUAUUAAUUGUUUGAUUGUUUUAAAUCAUACAGACAUAACUUAUCACCAGCGCUGUAAACCAUAUAUACUUAAACCUGUUUAGCUCCAUAUGCUGUAUAUACCAUCAGAGAUAGAACUUUUAGUGGCAAAAAAGAGUGCUUGAACCAUAGAUAAAAAUGUUAUCGAUAAGUGUUACAGUCAUAGAUCAAUAAAUAGAAGAGCAUAAUAUAAUGUCCUUUAACUCAUCAAGAAGUUUCAAGACUGUUAAUAUGUAGUGUAAAUCAUUUACAAAUCGAUACAUAUUAAAUACAUAUAAUUUAUGUAAACGAGAACUGUUAGUAUACCUACAGUGCCAAAAUCAAGAGAACCAAUAUAUUAAAGAAGAUAGCGGACGUAUUCUAUACUUUGCGUUAGCUAUCUUCUUUAAUAAUGUUAGAAAAAGUUUAGGACAAUGUUAGGAUAACUUAAAAGUGGAUAUUUCGUCGGGUGACAAGCAAAAGUCACUAAUUACUAAAAUAAAUUAAACAAAAAUCGACCUUCUUUGUACUAGUAUGGUUCACUAUGGCUAUGAACUUGUGGUGGUACUUAGUGACUUUUGCUUAUCACCCGACGAUUUCAUUUUGCCAAUCACUCAUUUUUGCCAGGAAAAGUUGUGGUUGUCAUAGUUCAGCCAACCAGCACGUCCAGCUCAACUGCCUCUUUCUAACUGGUACUGUGCGAUAGUGUCAGAUGAUGCUCACGCGGCUUUUGUCAUGUUCAUGGCGGCCAGUUGUAGGACUCCCGCAGAGUACCAAUCUGCUGCUACUAGAAGCUAAUUUUAAACUUGUGUUUCAAAGUUUAAUAUUUAAUUGACAGAAUUACUGUCAUUUUAUGAUUAUUUUUCUUAAGUUAUUGUAUAUUGUAUAAUCUAAGCAAGGCCUUUUGGUGCUGUUGUAUAAUAUAUAUUUAUUAGGUGUGUUAUUGCACAGUUUAUUUUAAGUAGCAAUUUUUUAACAAAAGGCAUUUAUGUUGGUAUUAUAUUGCCCGUUCUUGUUAUGCAUAGUAAUAAUAAUAACAUAAUAUAUACCUUGAUCAAAAAUUAUGUAAAUAAUUUAUAUUGUUGAACAUUUCUAUCAAUGUACAAACGGCCACCUAUCACAUUUCUUGGUCCAAUGUGUAUUUGCAUCUCAGAUUUUGCUUAGUGAGAGAGUGAGACGCAAUGACAGAGGACCAAGAAAUUGGACAAGUGGAAUACCAAAGUAAACCUUGAAUAUUGAUUCAGUUGAGUAAAGAUGCCCUUUUUAUUCCAAAAUCAAUCUAAAACGUUCGUUCUUUAAACGAUGCUUAGCAGUAUUAUUGUAUAUUACUUACUAUAGUUCGUUCGCGUUAAGAAUGCAGUAAAAUCAUCAUUGUCCGCCGCCUAGCCACGCCCGUAACCAACCAAAUCGGUCCUGAUUAGAAAAUCAAGUUCACAGUGACCAGUUGAAGGCAUACCUACUAAUUAAGAACGAAUUGAUUGGAUACGAACAUUAGACUGGCGAACGCAAACGAUCUAUAACUAUUGCUUGCGCCUUCCUCCGCGCUGUUAACCCAGUUCCAUUUGACCAGGGCUAUAACCGCGAAAAUCGAAGUUCGCAAAUUGCGGACUUUUUUCUCUGUCACUCUUAUUACGCCUUCAUUAGAGUAAAAGAGAAAGAUCCCCGGAAUUUGCGAAUUUCGGUUUUCGCGGUAUCCGCUCAGUACCGGGCAUACAGCUAACGUCAUCUGUGACCCGUUGUAAAAACAAUAUACAGUCAGCAGCAGAAAUUGCUAAGCGGGCGAGGUGUCCAAAAUUACCUUGACACGCUCUUAUUCUCUUAACAAUAAGGUUGCGUUACAUAACUGCCAACAAGCGUUACUUGAUAGUUACUUUUUAAAAGCUCUCGUAUCUAGUAACUUGUGUGUUGCUUAAAACAUUACGGGCCGAAUUAUUUUGUACCUAUGGUUAAAAUUUUCAUUGUAUUUCUAAGCAAAAUCUAUCUCAAUAUACUUCUUAGGUCCUAUGCCAACCACCGUCUAAAUAUACUUCUUAGGUCCUAUGCUAACCACCGUCUAAAUAUUCGCCCGUGCCGGUUUUACACACUAUUAUACACAGUGUUAGUGAAUUCCGUUCACUUCGGCGUGUGGUUAAGUACGUUUAAGAAAACUGAAUGUCAUAGUUCAUUAUUAUUUUUAUAAAAAGAAUUGAAAAUUGCAUAUUAUAGCGUUGUUGUACUUGUAAGACGGGCAUUACAUUUAACUCAACCAAAUAAUUGAAAAUUGUCAAUAUCAAUGUCUUUUCGAACACCGAUCGUCUGAGAUAGUACUUAAGUUUAGUAGCAAAUGUAUA